UAGCCCGAAGCUGUCUGCAAGAGCUGAUGCGCUAAUUUUCAUUAACCCUGUAUAUCGUGGAAAUUUUCGAUGGGCCCUGGAAGGAAAGUACUUGAAAUACUAAAGAUAGCAAGUUUUGCUGUCAGGAAACAUUCCUUUAAUUUUAAAACGAAAUGGAAUUUAUUCAAAGAUUUUCGAAAAUUCAUUUGCUUCGACCGGUAAUAAUUUCUUGGAAAAAAAUUAUUGUCCUAUAAUAGGUUUUCAGUAUCAAUUUAGUCUAACACUGCUUAAUAGUGUGCUAUUUUUACUGACAUUGCAUAAUUUUUCUUGGAUUGACCAAUCAUAAUUUUUAACCCUUAUCUAUCCUGAAGGACUGGUGUAAAUUUCCAAAGUCCUUUGUCUCUAUUAUCAUAAUUUAUAUUCUUGUUAUGUCGAUAAUGAUAAUCCAAUGCAUAAAUCACUACAGUAAUUAUCAAAGACACCCCCAUAUCAUACAUAGAUAAUAUUUUUACUAUAAAUUCUAAAAAAAAUGUUGAGAUACUAUUGGUAGCACAAAAGCAAACGUGAGUAGUCAAAAUAAUAUUAGCAAUAAUAAGCAAUUUUAUAAAUAUUUGCUCAAGAAAUACCCGGCAAUAAUAGGUUUUCAAUUUCUGAUAUUAAUUUUUUUUUCAGAAACCAAAAAUGAAAUUCUUGAUUGUACUCGCUUUCGUCGCGGUAGCUUCUGCAGCCACUCUUCCCCAGAAGAGAAUCAGCCAGGCUGAACUUGAUGAAAUCGUCGCAGCCAUCCACAGCCCAAGCACCCACCCUGACACCGCAGCUGCUCUCGAACAGAUGCUCCAGGACCUCCUUGGUGCUGCCUCCCCUAUCCAAGUUGGACCCGCUGUCGUCGAACCUGUAGAAGAGAUCGGAGUUGGACCCGCUAUCAUCGACCCUGUCGAAGAAAUCUCAGUUGGACCCGCUCUUAUUGAGGAACCUGCAAUCAACCCCCUCGCCUCCAACAACCCCCUUGUCCAGGUCCUCGUUAUCGUUAAUUCAGGUGCUUCCAACUCAAUAGUGAUCACUCAACCCGGUCUGGGCACUGUCGACGAGGAGCUGACCGAUGAGAUCAAACCCGACCCCGUAGUGGUUGCGGAUGCCCCUGAAGCAGCUGUGAUUGCCCCAGAACCCGUCAACGUCGGCAGCCCGAUCUUCCCUGACCUCGCCAUCAACCUUCCCGAAGCCCUCAACUAAAUAUUCAGACUUAUAAUAAGAUUUAAAAUUAGUAGUUACAUUUCUUUUUAACACGCUUUAACUUCACCCGUAGGUAUGUUCAUGUGUUUGUCUGUAAUCGACUCCUUUGGGCUCGAUUUUGAACAACUUUGAAGAUUCAAAGUUUAUACGUGACUAUUUUAUUAUUCUGAAUCAACAAAAAUAAAAUUAUUGUAACUAGGUAGUGUGUUUUUGUAGAGUGUGUUCUUUUUAACUAUAUUUGUGAUUUCUUCCUUGAAUUCCGUCCUGGAAUAUACAGUAUUGUUACUACUGAACAGUAAGUUCAAUUAAUCUUUUGCUUCGUUUGAGUAAUUCAUCGUGAAUAUGGCUUUAUCAAAAAUAGAUUAUGAAUCAUUUUAAUUAUCUUUCAUUAAAUAUAUAGCUUCUAUAAUC